AUGGAGACCGCCGAACCAGUGUCUUCAUAUGAGUUCUCGGGUCAUGGCCAUAUGGGCCCUUAUGCCCAUCGUCGGAUGGACUCCCCCCUGUUCCCUUACUAUGCUCAUCAUCCUACAUCGACGCCAUACUCUCUCCCAUAUCAUGCUCCAACCUCGGGUUCGUACAACUUUAGCCCUCUCACUCAGCCCGCACACCCAUAUGGUCAUUAUUUCGGAGCCAGCCAGCCCCCACUCGCAUCUCCGAUUCGCCUGACCGAACAACCACUGCAUUCGCUUCCGGAGAUUCGCCCGGCAAAGAAUGCCAUCAACCAGGGGGCGAAGGGACCCGAUGCCCGGGGUCUUGGAGCCGUGGCCGUGAAGAAGGGUGGUCCCAACUUCGAGUUCUCGACCGAAGUCGACGUCUUGAUGAAGGCCAUCCAGGCUAAACCGGAGACGGGCUCGUCCCCCGUGCAGCAGCAGAGCCAGCAGAUCCAGCAAGUCCAACCGGUUCAACAGAUCCCACAGGCCCAGCAGUCACUGCCACCACUGCAGCAGCUCGCAUCGCCAGGGUAUCCAACCUACCCCAUGUCACCUCCGCGUUGUAUUCUGAACAAUGACGGCCAGCUGUCGCGGUCUGGCAAGAAGCGCAAGUAUACCUGCACCUUGCCGAACUGUGGCAAGAGUUUUGCGCAGAAAACACACUUGGAUAUCCAUACUCGAGCGCAUACAGGUGAUAAGCCCUUUGUGAGUAGACCGUGCUCGAUCAUGGCGGGGGUCAUUUCAGCUGAUGCAGUGCAGAUAUGCAAGGAGCCUUCCUGUGGACAACGAUUCUCGCAGCUAGGCAACCUCAAGACUCAUGAACGCCGCCACACGGGUGAGAAACCGUACUCCUGUGAUAUCUGCCAUAAAAGAUUCGCCCAGCGGGGCAAUGUACGGGCCCACAAGACGACCCAUCUCCAGAAUAAGCCAUUCACCUGCCUACUGGACGACUGCGGGAAGAAGUUUACGCAACUUGGGAACCUGAAGUCCCACCAGAAUAAGUUCCACGCAUCCACGCUCCGCUCGUUAACGAUGCGAUUCUCCCAAAUCGGCGACCAAGGUACCGUCAAUCCGCAAGACCGCGAACUAUGGGAGUAUUUUGCUUCCCUCUACAAGAACAGCAAUAAGGGCAUCAAGGGCCGAGGCAAAGACCGACGGAUCCUAACCACCAAGCGGUCGAUGACAGGCGACUCGAUGCACCGCAUGCUGUCCAUGGAAUCGGAUGAGGAUCCUUCGCAGCUCCGACGAGGCAGCUAUGAAGAUAGUCUGUCCAUGUAUACGGGCGGGUCCAGCAGUGAUGGAGACGAACCCGGCCCAUACUUGAUGAACCGGCGGUGA